AUGAGCAACAGCAUUAGCAACAUUAACAAAGAUGAUAGUACGGCUGAUAAACAAGAGGUUGAAGCAUUCUUCAAGAAACAGGUCAGACUGCCAGACAAUAGGAUGUGCUUUGACUGCAAUGCAAAGAACCCGCAAUGGGCAUCGAUCCAAUUUGGUGUAUACAUCUGCAUAGACUGUUCACUCAAUCAUCGCUAUCUAGGCACUCAUAUCACCUUUACAAGGUCAAUCACAUUGGAUACAUGGAGACCAUCACAUCUGAGAUUGAUGGAGUGUGGAGGCAAUCUCAAUGCCAGAAUGUACUUUGGGGAGCAUGGUAUCCUUGAUGACAAGUUCAACGAGAAGUAUACCUCAGCACCAGCACAGACUUAUAAGAAGUUGCUAGAGGCCAAGGCCACUAAACUAGCAUCAACAACAAACAAUGAGAACACAUUGGUCGAUCUCUUCUUUGACACUUUACCAUCAACAUCUACAUCAACAUUAACAUCAGCUUCAGCAUCAACGCCAACAUCAUCGACUUUGUUAUCAAAGGCACCGGAGCAACAGUUGAAGUCACAGGGCGCCACCGGCUCACCGUAUGGCGAGUCACCAUCGAUAGAGGCACAGUCCGUCGUCAUGUUGGAUGAUGACGAAUGGGACAACUUUGAGGUUUCAUCAACAAACAAAGUGACGCCAAAGAGUGGCGCCAGCUCAAACAGUGCCUCCAACAAGAAGACUGCUGUGGCAAAGAAGAUCACCAAGAAAUCCUUUGACGACGAAUGGGAUUCUGUCCCAGAAAAGGUCACGCCAACCUAUUCACCAACAUUGGCAUCAUCAAAGAACGAAUCACCAGACUUCAACAACAACAACAGGUCAUCCAACAAAGGUUACUCAUCCAAAUUCUCAAUGGACCCAGAGACCAAAGUUGAACCCUUGUAUAAUAAUGGAGGUAACAACAAUACUUCAAGCGGUGGAAGUAACAAACCAAAGCAACAACAACCUCAACAUAAGUACUUGGACGACAUGACCAACUAUGACACUCCAACAUCAUCGUCAUCGGACUCGAGAAAGAGCGACAGCAGUAACUCGUCAGACUUUGCCAGGAAGAACUUCUCCAAUGCCAAGGCGAUAUCUUCAAAGCAGUACUAUGGCGACGAUCCAAAGAAUAACAAUGGCGAGAAGCAAGCCAGACUGCAACAAUUCAAUGGUGCUCGAUCGAUCUCAAGUGCUCAGUAUUACAAUCGUGACGAAUCGCCCAAGAUGUCAGACCUGUCCGCAUCAGACAUUGCAAGCAAGUUGGUGUACAAUAUCAAGUCGGAGCUAAAGUCAAUCUCCAAAGCAUUGGACAACCUGUAG